AUGGCUAGCAAUGUAGGUGGAGGAGGAGCAUCUCAAUCAUCCAAUAAACCUCAAUUCUUUUGGCUUUUGGCUGUACCUUUAAUUGCUACUCUGGUACGUGGUGGAUUGGAUAUUGGACAUGAGGUCUGGAAUGAAAAUAGAGGUUAA